CCUCUCCCUUUGUUGUAUAAAAGUCUCCCUGUUCGUUCUUUCAGGCCGUCCUGCAAGUGCCCAGUUGUGCUGUUCUUGCUGUUGCUUCCUCUUGACUGUCAUUUGACUUCUAAACAUGUUUGUCCACCUUUGUUUAGCUUUGCUGGCUCUCUCCUCGCUGAGCGCUGCAUCUGAACCGGACUGUGAUGAGCAUAUCAAACCUCUGGAGGACCAAAGCAAGAUUUAUGGGAAAUGGAUUUUCCAAAUUCUAGCCUCAGACAACGAACAACUGUUGAAAGAAAUGAAGAUCUCUAAUAGCUCUUGGUCGACCAUUUUUUCUACACCUGAAAGCAGUGAUUUCAGCAUGACCUACGCAGACAGAAUUGACGGAAAAUGUGUAUAUGGAAACGCUUCUUCCACACCUUCAGGAAACUUAACAAAAGUUACAUUCCUUUUUAACUCAACGUCUUAUGAGCAUUUUGGGAGGUAUCUGGAGACGUGUCCUGACUGCGUCCUUUGGAUGGACGAAGCGGUGUCAGAGGCUAAUGGGGAACAGACAAAAACCAAGGGCCUCUACCUCUUCACAAAGACGGGGAAACUUGAUGAUUCUCAACUGGAAGUCUUCAAAAAACAAGCUGAGUGCCUCAACAUCAAAUUGGAUUUCUACUUUCCAGACACCACUGAACUGUGUCCUGAAGUGAAGACUGAGGAGCAGUAGUGAAAACGCUUGUCAUCACCUCCACUAUGCCCUCUAACAGAAGUACUUUUAGUUGUUGCUACAUCAGUGUUUAGAUGUGUUUUUUCUUAGAUUUGAGAAAAUAUCCAUAAACAUUUUAUCCUCUUGUGUGUAAAACGAUGAGUCAUGUAAAUAUAUUCUCAACCACUGUGUGCUGGUGUGGUUUCACAUUUCCUGUUCGACAUAUCAAUGAGGGGAGGGGCUUCAUGACGGCCUUCAUGAAAAACCCAAACUCUAUAGCAGUGGAAUUUCAUGGCUGUCUAAUAACAUUAUCUAAUGUGAAAGCAUGUGCAAAGUGAGAGCCACUGGUCCAAUCAAAGACACCGGCUAUGUCUAACUCUGAAGUGAGGAAGACACAAAGUUUACUGGAACAUAAUGGAUUCUAUCUGAUUAAUCUUACUUAAAUCAACUCAAUCAAGUUCUUUCAAUCCCAAAAAUGUGCCAAAGUCGCUGUGACAGAAGGAAGUCAAACAUCUUGUGCAGCAUUGAGAGCCAACGGGACACGCAGAACCUGCUAUGAGAAGGCAAGAAAAGCUCACCGGGAACAUGGUGUCCUAAUAGUCCUGAAUUAUAAGAUUGUUCUUUUUUUUCUUUAAAAAAACACUCUUAAAAAGGUCCUAAAUAGGUCUUAACCGACUAACUUGUGGUUUAUAUCUUGACUGAUUAAAUCAAAACAUGGAAGUGUUGACUGAGGGAAAUAAAUACUCAGAAGUCUGGUUAACAUGUUUAUAAUUGGAGUUGAUGCUUAUUGUUGAUUUUACAUAAAAAUUCAAAGUGAGAAAAUGCCACUGUUUUUAUUCUGGUACUGGACAAAAAUGAAAAUCAUCACUGUCGUUUGAAGUCAGAUUUAAGAGUCAACUUGACUACAUUGAUCAGUGUAUUUUCUAAAUGAUUUAAAUGAGUGGUUUUGGCAUUGUAAAAGGUUUUUCUUGUACGUGUUUACCUCUCUUUUUAUACUAAAUAAAAAUUUUCCUCAUUA